AUGGGCUUCUCCCCAGAUCAUGACAUGCCAGACCUUUCUGGCAAGAUCAUAAUCGUGACGGGCGGGAGCAGCGGAUUGGGGAAAGAGAGCGUGCUCCAACUCGCCAAACACAACCCAGCCGCCAUCUACCUCACGGCCAGAACAGCCGCCCGCGCCAACGCCGCCAUCGAGGAGAUCCACCAAGCCGUGCCCGCAUCCAAGGGCAAGAUCAGGUUUCUCGAGCUCGACUUGGGCUCGUUUGCGUCGGUGAAGAAGGCCGCAGACGAGUUUUCGGGUCUUUCCGAUCGUCUGGACCUGCUCAUGAACAACGCCGGACUGAUGGCAUCCCCCGCCGGCCUGACAACCGACGGCUACGAAGUCCAGUUCGGCUCCAACUAUAUGGGGCCCGCGCUAUUCACCAAGCUCUUGCUCCCCAUCCUGCUCCAGACGGCCGAGACGCACCAGGCCGAUGUUCGUGUCGUCAACCUCAGCUCCGAGUUGUUCAGACAAGCGCCGUCGGAUGGGGUCCAGCUUCCCCGUUGCAAGACCCCCAUGAACGAGAUUUCUAGCUUGGCGCGCUACGGUCAGUCCAAGCUGGCCGACUACUACCACACCCGCGCUUUGGCCAAACUCUACCCGGCCGUCAAAUUUGUCGCUAUUCACCCCGGCGUGGUGAACACUGGUCUGCUCGAUGACCUGGCAAAGCGGCGACCUUGGCUGGGAGGGUUCAUCAAAGCUCUUGGGUCUAUCCUUUUGACCGACGUCCGCCAAGGAGCACGUUGCCAGCUAUGGGCCAGCACGGCAGAUUCACAGACUGUCAGGAGCGGCGGGUUCUACAACCCCAAGUUGAAGGAGUAUGAGGAUAAGGUGCUGGAGAACGAAAAGGCUGUUCAGGAACUCUGGCACUGGACGGAGCAAGAAUUCAAGAGCCAGGGGGCUUGA